UUGUUGAAGUAAUGAUGUAAACCCGAUUUGCUCACGGCUUAUAUCAUUUACCAGAUAAUACACGGCUUCAGCAUCCUUCUGAUCCAAAGGAAAAGUGUCUCCAUAGGUGACAUUGGACAUUAGAUGUGAUAUUCAUGAAAUUAAAAAACGGGGAAAUUCAUCAUUGAAGACAGUCUCACUUGUUUGAAAUGCUGGAAGACUGCAGACAAAGUAAGGACGUGUCAAAGAACAGCAAGCACAAAUCUAAAUAAGGUUACGCGUAAACCAAAAUAAACAUCGAACAAUAUGGGCGUGUUUUCAAAAGAACAGAUGAACAAUGCGUUGCUGGGAAUGUACUUGGGAACGCGAGGUCCUAAGACAUUACGAAAGUGUAUUACAGACAAGUUGUUUACGUAUCAGAUGUUCAGCAAUGAAGAAACAAUACGCACAAAUACGGAUGCUGAAAUCGUCCCCUUGGUAUUUCCAGAAGGUCAACCUGUCCCUUCGUUAGACGACCUAGAUGAUCUAGUACUUCAAGACAUCGGUUCGUUAGCGUUUGAUUUGUCUAAAAACGAACAGGACAUUGUCAAAUUACGUAAUUCAAUUCAAGUUUUAUUGGAAGGUCCUAUCUUUCAUAAAUAUUUGCAAUCAAGAGAAAAUCGAUUUCGUAAAAAGAAUCGCGACAAAAAGCUACUAAGCAAAAUCCAGUUUGCCAAACUCUAUCCUGAGAGUGGUGACCCGAGUAUAUUUGACUUAGAUAUCACCGUACUGUGCUUCAUAUUGUUCGAAGGAAUGGAUUUUAGGCCAAUAUCCGAUUUUCAUAAACUUCCAUUGGAAAGUGUUCAAUUGGAAGCCGAUGACAUGUUACGGAUUAAGAUUUGCAGAAAUUUUCUCGUUCACCAGCCGGCUGCUGAAAUAAGUGAUGAGGACUUCGAUACCUAUUGGGAGUGUUUAACGGGGGCAUUCGAACGAUUAUUAAAAAGUCCAUGUGUUCGACGGGAAAGCGAGAGACUCAAGUCUUUACGACUUCCAGAUGAAAAGGUAGAUCAGUUUAAGACAAUGAUACAGGGAUGGCGAAUGGAUGAUCAAGACGAACGAAGGGAACAUCUAGAGCAGAUGAAAGUCAUACUGACACAAACCGGCUUACAUACAGAAAGUGUUAUCAAAGCCACCGGAACAAAGAUCGUGGAGAACCAGAACGAAAACCACGAGGAGCUUGUCAGCUUGCUGAAGCAAAGCAAUUCGAAGCGCCGAAAAGGACAAAAUAAAGAGCUCAAGAAGUCGUUUCCGUUACGGAUUCAUGGUUUCGACAAAUUCAAACAGCUUUGUCACUUAAUGCACAAACAUGGCAUUAAGUACACGUUGCCUACGGCGUCAAGCAGCGACUCAUCAGCGAAUAGUGACCCCGAACUGCUUCCCUUAGAGAGAGACGAGGAAGAUGCUGUUGAUAAAAUUCCUUUCAACCUUUCUCAGUUUGACCGGAGACAAUGCAUCGAUAAUGUGUGUCAAGUCAGCGAUACGACAAACAACAUUCGAAAUAUUUCAACCGAGAUCGCAGCAAACACCAGUAGGGUUACUGAUGUUAGACAAAAACGUCAUUGGAAACAGACUGCAAGAGCAAAACAUAUGAGUCCUCAAGAAAAAAGAUCUCCAAUGACUAGAAACGCCAAAAGUUAUGGCGUCAGGGCCAAUUCAGAAGAUGCAAAUGAUGAAUGGGAAAGUGCUGAUGAAGGCUCCAAGCGACAACUGGUAAUAUCAAGUGGUAUUGAAAUACCAUGGACAUUUGGACAGUUUGAAAUGCCGUUGUCGUCUACCAAAAAUGGUUUGUACAGUGAGGAUUCUACAGGUUACAACACCGAUCAGAUUUCACUCAGCUCAGUGGACGGAUUCACGUCAGAUACUUCAUUUUUCCAACCACGUAGAAAACAAAUGCCAACCAGUAUACAAUGUAAUCGGGCAGAAAUGACUUCAGACGACGACGAACUAGGAAUGUAUGACUGGCCUAAUACCCCACCAAACGUAACAGAUGAUGGCUACAGCUCCAAUGGGUAUUUCAGUAGAGCAUACUCUUUUGCUGACAAAAAGACUGAUGAUUACAGCAGUCAAGAAGAAGAGGGUACCUGGAAAAUAAGAAGAGACUCGCAUCUUCCCAAACUGGAAUUGUUGUUAGAGGUUUCAGAAUCAGUGAGAGCAAAGGAAAGGGGUUCUGACGUGGACCAAGAAAUCCCGAUCGCUGUCCAGAGAGCUCGUGUUUCAACCGCCGAUAUAUCAAGAUCAUUCCAGUUAGUUCAGUUAUCAGAAACUCAGCGCUUAGACAGAGGUUCACAGACUGACAACCAUACCGACGAUAGAGGAAAGGAGAUAAAAGAAACAUUAGUGUGAAAAUAAAAAACAAGGUUUGGAGGUUACAGGGAUCCGCCGGAUACUUUUACAUGUAUGUCAAUUACAUUUCAUUGUAUACAUCGUCUGUUACAUUUGGUUUUGUCUGAUGGUGGAAACGUUUUGUUUUCAUCAUAUUACCGUCAUCCAUUUUGAUUUUCUAAUAAUUUUCUCAAGAUUAAUAAUAAUAAACCCUAUUUGCCAAAUAGGGGUUUUAUACUUAAAUGUUGACACUUUGUUUUAAUGUUUACAUUUGCCUGAUAAGGUCUAAAUGAGACUUUACAAUAAUCUAAAAUUGUUUUGUAAAGGAAAAAUCCACUUUUUGUAUUUUUACUGUUAAAUAAAGGAAAGAUAUUUGAAAACAUAGCAAAACAAAACAAUCAUCAUGAAAAUGUGAUGUUAACCUCGACUUUCUUUCGGUCAGUAUAAAUAUACAAUUGAUAAUAUAUUCUGGUAAGCAAUGAUAAAUAAUACACUGCUACUUUCCGCAAUUUUCAAAACAUGCUAUAGUCGUAUAAUAAUAAUAAUUUACUGUUAAGAUCUAUAUUAUUUUGUUCCUUUGGCAGAAUAAACCGAUAUUUCACUUGUGCUUCGCACUCAUGAAUUAUACGACUUUAAUCACACAUUUUUAAUUACUGAACAAAUCUCAAAAACUGAAAAGAUUAAGUAGGGAAGGAUGUUGUUCAUAUAUAUCGCUUGUAGUACAUGUGUAUAGAACCUCAUUAUUCAUCACAAAGUGUAAUGGCUUCUACAAACAGAAUUUCAAAACAAGGGGACAGUGUGAUAAAAUCCAAAGCAGUGAUGGGAUAGACAAAAUACCCCGAAGUGUCAAUGAUCAACUGAAUUGAAUUUAUUUUUGUGACCAUUUUUAAGGAAUGUAUUCUAUGUUAUUCCAUUUCUGCUAUCCUUGCAUUACUAAUCUUUAUUUCAUGCGAAAUGUUGUUAAACAGUUGAAAGUAUUCGUUUAUUUUAUUUGUAUUUCGUUUUUGAAUGAAUGGUUUAUUAGAGAAUGUUUUUUCCUCUAACAAUUGUAUGCUUUGGUUACUAAAGGAAAAAAGUGUAAAUAUCACCAACUUCUACUAAAGAGUACAAAGUGGAAGUAAAACCAAACAUACGCCUAAAAGAAACCGCCAUCUGCAGUGGACAGCAUUUAACAUGCCCUUUAUUAGCAUGCAUUGUUUUAAAUUAUACAACUUUCCUGUAAUUAUAUUCUUUAUCGAUUUCGAAGUACAAUUAUUUGUUUUUCGAAUUUUUUAACAUAUCAUGAAUUUUUAAUUUUGUUCUCUACCAGUUUAAAUUAUAACAUACUUUUUAUAGGUCCCAUUUUAUAGGCCGGGAUUUCUGUUCUAUCAGACACACUUGUUCCUUCCGUUUGUUAUGUCCUUUAUGUUUACACAGUCCUUUGUCAGAAUAAUAUGACCAUAAGUUAUGAUAUUCUACAGUGUCUGAUGGUUAGUCUCUGGGUUCAAAUUAAGAAUCUUAAAUUCCAGUUUCAUUUGAUAAUGUGUUUUAUGUGCAUGUAAAGGUAUCAACGUUAAGGAUAUGAUACGCAUUUUCACAAGAUCUAAAAUAUUUCCAAACAUUUUUUUGUUUUAUUUACAUAUUAAAUUUGGAUUUACGUCAGUGACUCUAUCAUACACAUUGUACGUGGUCCAUGGUAUGCUAUUUCAGUGCGAUGACAAUUGCUCUAGCGCAUCCCCAUAACCAAGGGACAAUGUCAGCAUAUGACCGUAACCACCAGGUAAAAAAACAUAAACAGAUAUAGCGAUUAUAAAUCAUUUGAUUGUAUUUUAUGUAAACAUGUUAUUCUGUUGUAUAGUUAUACAAAUUAGUAUGUAUUGAAACUAGAGAUAUGUUUGGAACAUGUCUGUAUGAUACCAUUACUAUACUGGAUAUGUUAAGUGAUUUUGUGGUGAUGAAUAAACAUAUGAAGCG